UAUGAGGAUGGAUAGGUGGGUGGGUGCAUCCCCUCGCUAAGCACCGUUAAUGCGCAUGCGCGGCAGCUCCUGCCCGUCAAGGCGGUUGAAUUUAAAAUUCUCUCGGGCUGAAGGGCCGCGCGCCGAUUGGUCGGCGGUGGGAGUUUGUUUUCCCGGGGAAGGGGAAGUUUCAGAUUGACCGUUCGUUCGGACAACCCUCUUUUUCCCCCUUCGGUUUUCAGUUCCUGGUUUAAACCAUGGAUGAAAAUUUUCCUGUAUUUCCAGAGGCUAAUGCUGAAACCCAGGAAGGGAAAUGUAAGAGAAGACAAUCAGGUAUUUUGAAAGUUUCAAGGAGCCCACUUCGAACUUUGAAAGAAGCAGAUAUCAGCCAGAAGAUGGAGCCUGUGGGAAAACUUCGCAGGAGCUCUCGAAGAGUCAGCUUUGCAGAGACCAAAGAAAUCAAGGAGUUUGUGACUGAUAAAAUGAUGAUGAUAAUGCAAGAUGUGGAAAAUGGAAAAGACAGCCUAAAGGAGAACCAGUCAGCUGAGUUAGAAAGGGACUUGAUGCCACAAAAUACAAAUUACAGCAUUGCUGGAAUGGAUGCACUACUUCAUGCACCUCUCCGAAUCCCAUUGCAACAAAUUGAGCACUGUGAACAUAUUAAGACUGUCAGUAAACAUCAAAACUUCCCUAUUUCUGGAGUUGAAAUACAAAGAGACCUUGAAGAGACAGUCCAGUCUUCUGCAAUUACAGCUGUAACUACACAUUCUCAGAAAAUUGACUUCAAGUCUUUUUUGGCUGGAAUUGAUUCUACAGAACAAGUGUAUACCACUGUGUGUUUUGACACUGAGAAUGAGAAUGCUAAUAAGUCCUUCAGCUCUACCAGACAAAAUGAGGUUCCUAAACAGCAAAAGACAAUAGAUUUUAAAACAUUCUUAAAUAGCAUAAAGCAGAGUGACACAGACCAAAAUAAAAUGACAUCAAUGACUUCCAUUUUUGAGGAACAGAUCAUGAAACAGAAAGACACUAGUGUUCUUUCAGCUUGUGGAACAGUUAAAAAUGUUGGGACAACAAAGGACUUAACGAAAAUUAAUUCCAAUAACAAUUUAGAUUCAAACAAAACUGUGCUGUUUCUAGACCAAGACAACGAUAUGGAACUUACUAGAAGUCAUACUGUUGCUAUUAACCAUUUUGCCUUGGGAAAUGUUACCACUCUUCAUUCAACCACAGUCUCUAACAAUGUAGAGGGCUUAGGUACUGAAAGUUCAACUCAUUCUCCCUUUUCUCAAUAUAAAACUGUUUCACCUUCUGUAGAAGAUGAUAUGGAUUUGACCAGAUGUCAUCCUGCAUCUAUUGACGUCAGGAGGGUAGAACUCCUCACAAAUCAAAAUCAACUGGCAGCUGUCUCAAUUCAAAAAGAAGAUAAAUCAAUAAUGCCCUCCUUUACUCCUCAUGAAGAUAAAUUAUUCUCUGAUAACAGAUGUUGUGGCAAGAUUGACCAAAAUGAGGCUUUAGUUGCAAGUAAACUGAGCUCCAAAUCUGUGCCUGAUCUGUCAUCUUUUCCCAGUGAUAAGACCAUCAUAUUUUCAGAAGCAAAUGACAUGGAUAUAACCAAAAGUCACUUAGUCACAAUUGACAGUCGAAGUCUUGGGCGAGUUGGAAAUGAAGUGAAGGGUUCAGAUAAAUAUACUUUGAGACAAAGUACUGCUGGAUCUGUUCUGUCAUUCUUUCCAAAUGAUGAGACAAUGGUAUUUUCAGAAGCAAAUGAUAUGGAUAUAACUAAAAGCCAUACAGUCACAAUUGAUGAUAAAAUCACUGGACAAGUUGCAAGUGAAGUAUUGGGUUUUACAAGAAUGAUCUCUGGGCUGACUUUACCUGGAUCAAUUCUGCCACCUUUUUCCAAUGAUAAGACUGUGGUAUUUUCAGAAGCAAAUGAUAUGGAUAUAACUAAAAGCCAUACCAUCACAAUUGACAAUGGAAGCAUUGAUCGAGUAGAAAAUGAAGCUUCAACAAAAUUGAUUUCAAGGUGGAGUACUGUCAGGUCUUUAUCAUCACAUUUUCCCAGUGACAAGACAAUAUUAUUUUCAGAAGCAAAUGAUAUGGACUUAACGAAAAGUCAUUCAGUUCCAAUUGACAAUGGAAAAUUUGGUGCAACUGCAAAUUCUUUCUUUCCAAGUGGUAGAACUGUGGUACUUUCUGACGCAAACGAUAUGGACAUAACAAAAAGUCAUACAAUUCAAAUUGACAGUGAAAAUGCGAGACAAAAUACAGCUGGAACAUUGGCUCCGAAGAAACUAUCCUUGAGAUCCAGCACUGCUGCAUCUGUUCUGUCAUCUUUUCCCAAUGAUAAGACAGUAGUAUUUUCAGAAGCAAAUGAUAUGGACAUAACCAAAAGUCAUACAGUUGCAAUUGAGUGUGAAAACCUUGGGACUGUUGUAAGGCCUACAGUGGGACCAGAUAAAAAGAUUUGCAUUGAGAAUGCAACCGUGCCUAUACUGUCCACUUUUUCCAAUGAUAAGACUCUGGUAUUUUCAGAAGCAAAUGAUAUGGACAUAACUAAAAGUCAUACCGUCACAAUUGACAAUGGAAACCUUGGGCAAGUUAGAAAUGAAGCAUUCGCAUUAACUAGAAUGUCUUCCAAGCACUCUGUCCCUGAGUCUGCAGCAUCCAUUCACAGUAAUAGAACUAGUGUGUUUUCAAAAGCAAAUGAUGUGGAUAUAACAAAAAGCCACACUGUUGCAAUUGAGAGUGGAAAUCUUCAACACAUUCCAAAUGAAGCAUUGGGAUCAAUGAAACUAACUUCUGUUGAGAAUACUGCUCCAUGUGCUCAACCAUCUUUUUCCAGCAAAGCAACCUUGGGGUUUUCAGAAACAACUGACAUGGACCUAACCAAAAGUCAUACAGCCAUAAUUGAGAGUGAAAACCUUGGGCUUGUUGCAAGGCCCAUAGAGAAACCAGAUAAAAAAAAUUGUGUUGAAAAUGCAUCCGUCCCUAUUCGAUCCUCUUUUCCCAAUGAUAAGACCUUGGUAUUUUCAGAAGCAAAUGAUAUGGACAUAACUAAAAGCCAUACUGUUACAAUUAAUGGAGGAGAUGUUGGGCAAGUUACAAAUGAAGCAUUAGGCUUUCGAAGAAUGACCUCUAAACACAGUGUGUCUCGAUCCAUAUCAUCUUUUCUCACUGAUAAAACUGUUGUCUUUUCAGAAGCAAAUGAUAUGGACAUUACCAAAAGUCAUACAGUUGCAAUUGAGAGUGAAAACUUGGGGCCCAUUGCAAAACAUGCAGAGGGUUCAGAAGCAAACGACAUGGACAUAACUAAAAGCCAUAUUGUUACAAUUGAUGGAGGAAACCUUGGGCCUGUUGUAAAUUGGACAGAGAGCUUAUGUACAUCUUUUCCUCAUGACAAGACAUUAAUAUUUUCUGACACAAAUGAUAUGGACAUCACAAAAAACCAUACAGUUCCAAUCAUCAGUGGCAAUAUUGGGAAAGUUAGAAAUGAAGAUUUGAGUUUACCUAAAGUGAUUCCCAAGUUGACAGAUGCUGGCUCUUCUCUAUCAUCCUUUCCCAGGGAUAAAUUCACAGGGUCUCCAGGAGCAAAAGAUAUGGAUAUUACCAAAAGUCAGAUAGUUGCAAUUGAGAGUGAAAACCUUGGGCCUGUUGCAAGGCCUAUAGUGGGUCCAGAUAAAAAGCUUUGCAUUGGAAAUGCAUCCAUGCCUAGUCUGUCCACUUUUCCCAAUGAUAAGACUCUGGUAUUUUCGGAAGCAAAUGAUAUGGACAUAACUAAAAGUUAUACUGUUACAAUUAAUGGAGGAGAUCUUGGACAAGUUUCAAAUGAAGCAUUAGGUUUUCGAAGAAUGACCUCUAAACACCAUGUGCCUCAGUCUAUAUCAUCUUUUUGCAGUGAUAAGACUGUUGUCUUUUCAGAAGCAAAUGAUAUGGACAUAACCAAAAGUCAUACAGUUGCAAUUGAGAGUGAAAACCUUGGGCCUGUUGCAAGGCCUAUAGUGGGUCCAGAUAAAAAGAUUUGUAUUGAGAAUGCAACCGUGUCUAUACUGUCCACUUUUCCCAAUGAUAAGACUCUGGUAUUUUCAGAAGCAAAUGACAUGGACAUAACUAAAAGUCAUACCGUCACAAUUGACAAUGGAAACCUUGGGCAAGUUAGAAAGGAAGCAUUCGCAUUAACUAGAAUGUCUUCCAAGGACUCUCUCCCUGAGUCUGCAGCAUCCAUUCACAGUAAUAGAACUAGUGUGUUUUCAAAAGCAAAUGAUAUGGAUAUAACAAAAAGCCACACUGUUGCAAUUGAGUGUGGAAAUCUUCAACACAUUCCAAAUGAAGCAUUGGGAUCAAUGAAACUAACUUCUGUUGAGAAUACUGCUCCAUGUGCUCAACCAUCUUUUUCCAGCAAAGCAACCUUGGGGUUUUCAGAAACAACUGACAUGGACCUAACCAAAAGUCAUACAGCCAUAAUUGAGAGUGAAAACCUUGGGCUUGUUGCAAGGCCCAAAGAGAAACCAGAUAAAAAAAUUUGUGUUGAAAAUGCAUCCGUCCCUAUUCGAUCCUCUUUUCCCAAUGAUAAGACCUUGGUAUUUUCAGAAGCAAAUGAUAUGGACAUAACUAAAAGCCAUACUGUUACAAUUAAUGGAGGAGAUCUUGGACAAGUUACAAAUGAAGCAUUAGGUUUUCGAAGAAUGACCUCUAAACACCAUGUGCCUCAGUCUAUAUCAUCUUUUUGCAGUGAUAAGACUGUUGUCUUUUCAGAAGCAAAUGAUAUGGACAUUACCAAAAGUCAUACAGUUGCAAUUGAGAGUGAAAAUCUGGGGCAUGUUGCAAGACAUACAGUGGGAUCAGCUAAAAAGACUUCCGUUGGGAAUGCCUCUAUCUCUGAUCUGUCAUCUUUUCCUAACAAUAAAAUUUUAGCAUUUUCAGAAGCAAAUGACAUGGACAUAACUGAAAGCCAUACAGUUCCAGUUGUCAGUGGAAGUAUUGGGGAAGUUAGAAAUGAAGAUUUGAGUUUGCCAAGAAUGAUUCCCAAGCUGAUGGAUGCUGGCUCUUCUCCAUUAUCUUUUCCCAGGGAUAAAUUCACGAGGUCUUCAGAAGCCAACAAUAUGGACAUAACCAAAAACCAUACAGUUGCUGCUGAGUGUGAUGGAUUUGUAUCAGCCAUAAGUGAGUCAUUAGGUUCAGAUAACAUGACUUCCAGAUUUACUGCUCAUGGGUCUGUUUUGCCACCAUUCCCCAAAGAUAAGAAUACAGUAUCUGAACAAGUUACACCAGUUAGAGAAAUCGGUGGCGUGUCCAUUUCCAAUAAGUGUGCUGUUUCCAGUAAUCGCCAACUUUUCCAGUUGGAGCUUGAAAAAAGGCAGAAAUGUUCUGGUAACCUUUCAAGCAAUGUGAAAUUUGUCAACAUACAAACCACAGUCGAAAACACUGCGUGUAAUGUUAAUCAAGCUGUUCAUACAGUUGGUACUUCUGAUCCUUCAACCAGGAGCGUGGAAAUCACUGUUCUAAAUACAGAAGGCGAGACAGAGGAAGAUGGAGAAUGUGUCAGUUCAAUGUGUGUAAAUGAAAAGCUGAAUAGGAAAGAAAUCAAAGAAUCUGUAUUGAGCAAGGGGAACUCUUUGGAUCCUAUCCUGAAAGGUAACAAUGACCUUGAAGCUCAGGAAAUAUUGUGUCAGGUCAAUCAAAGUAGGGAGGCAGCUUCUGAAGAAUUAGUCAGGCAUCAAGUUAGUGAUACCCAAACUGGAAAUAAUAUGACUGAUGUAAUUGAAUAUGAAAAUACAGCCAAUAAACAUAUGGGACUUAAUCAGUCCAGAAAGUCCAGUCUUGCUAAUAUGCAAUCACUUCAAAAAUUGAACACUGUGACCAAUGUAACUUACGACUCUGUAUCAGAAAGGCCUCCAGUGGGUGAAAAAGGUUCUUCAAAUGAUCAAACCUUGGAUGCAAAGUCACGACUCUUAAAGCAAAGUUCACUUAUUAACAGCACAUUUAAAUACAACCUUUCUCUAGGAAUCUUUCCUCCUAAAUUACCUAUUAGAGAGAAUUUAUAUAAAGCUGUAAGUUCAAAUCAUCAGCAUGUAGCAAAAUCAUUCGGAGAUCAUCUUGGCUCUGACUCACUUCUGAGUACCAUGUAUAAAUCAAACAAAUUUGAAGUGGAUUCAGAUAAAUUAAGACUUAAUAUUGACCUAAAAAAACCCCCCGAUAUCCAGAACAAAAGCCAAGUAACUGAUCAUGACCACAAAGAAAAAAUAUUUGAUCAAUCUGAACCUUCUCUGUCCUUGAAGUCCCCUGAUUUGACCUGCCUCGACAUCUCUGAACAACUUGGAAAAGAACCUUCAGCUUCUUCUGAACAGAAUGAGAAUGUUAUGAGUUCUCAAGGUGCUGCUCUUGGAGGUUUGAAAAUGAUUAAGUCAGUAGAAGAAAAGCUUUAUCAUAAACGAUCGUGGAGCGAAGUGGAGGAAAACAGAAAUUCAUGCAGCAAAAAGAAAAUGAGAAAUUUGGGUCCUGAAGAUACUGAUUCUUCAAGCCAAAAGGCCAACAAUGCUCCAGUUGUGCAAUGGGAAGGCAUGGCUCAUAAAGUCGUGGAAGAGAACCAACUCAGUAUGAUGACAAAAAGCCUGGAUAGUAAUAGUUCCUUAGAUUCAACCAAAGGAGAUGGAGCCUCUGCAGAUGUUGCCAAUUCAAAGUGUAACCUGAAUACAUCUCUAGUGAUUUUAGAAGAAUCUGAGUUACAUGAGAAAUUAAUGGAUGGCCAGAUCACAGUCCGAGAAUUUUUCAAACUUUUGAAAGUUCAAACCCAUGCACAGAAAUCUCGCCAGAGUGAACUACAUGUUAAUGUUGAAUUGGACAAGUCUUCAACUGUCGAAAAUUGGCUGGCAGUGAAGUUUGUUCACCGGCCAAAACGGGAAGUCUAUGAAGAGGAUAGCUGUGCUCUCUCUGCAGCCAUAGCUGAACUGAAAGAUCAGUUGUUAGACCUUGAUAAACUUCUGUCAGAGGUGAAUCCUUCUCUUUGGAAAGAUGUGAUGGAAAUGACAGAAGAGGAGUUGCGACAGUUUCGUUCUUGCCUGAAUGCCAAGAAAUCUACUUUUGUGAAAAAAACCAAAGCAAUCUGCCAUGAACAAAAGGUUGAGCUGUAUUCAGCACAGCUGAAUAUGUUCAAGGAACAGCGUCAACAGAGAAGUGAAUAUGAGGCUUAUUUGGAUGAUAUAUUACACAAAAUGGAUGAUUGCCUUGCAUCAUUAGAUCUUGCAAAUUUAGAUCAUCUGGGUGAGAGCAGUGCCGAUGUCAUUGACAAUGAUGAUAGUAUUACACAGCUGGAGCAAACUGUGCGUGACAGACGUGAGGAGCUGAAGAAACUUCAAGCAGAAUACUGUGAAGUGGAAAGUCAACUCACCAAAGUUCUUAAUGAAAAAGAACUGCAGGAAAAGGCUGCCAAUGUGUGGGAUCUAAAAGAAGAGUUCCAGGAGCUGUUAGAGUGGACAUUAUGCCUCUGCCAGGAUGAUCAGGCUGUUUAUAAAUUUCUGUACGACUCUCUGGAACUCACUUUGAAUUUUGGCGAGCCUGUGUUGGUUGAUCUUUCUCCUGGUGCAAAGUGUAAGAGAAUCCUAGAUAUUAAUCUUGUAUCUGCUUUGGAUGAGGAUGAGGCUCCGCUGCAUUCAAAGCUUGUUCAUGAGUUAAUUAUGACCUACUGGAAGAGUCAAGACAGUUGGCAAGAUGUAUACACAAAUGAAUUGCAGCUCCCCAUGCUCUUGCUUGAUGUUUCAUUAGUGGUGAGUCGAUGUCGGUUGCUUGGUGAUGAGCUGGAAUAUUUGAUGAACUGGGGAUCAAAAUUUGACAUUCUGAAGACAGAGGUUCAAAACAUGGAUGUGAAGUGUCUUUUCUCAAGUUAUGAUGCACUAUCGAAAUUUGAACUUACAUUUCAUAUCAAGCCAGGUUAUCCAUGGCACCUAGUGCAGUUCACAUUUAACUCUUGGUUUGGAAACAUCAGUGGUGAACAUAUCAAUGAAGUCUUACUGACAGUAAAACCAGGACCCAAGUACCUGACCAAGAUUGUGAAGAGUCUCUACUUGACAUUGCUCGUCAAACCAGGAGCUAAUAGAUUCCGGUUACAGCAUUCAUCUCCAUAACUAGGAUAGAAAGUGUGUGCAUUCAGCUAUCCUUCCCAAUCAAAUCUGGAGAGACACCAAUCGGUCCUGUCUGUACAGUGGAACUUUUGAUGAGCUUUGUACAGGAACUGGUUUGAAUCCAACUUAUGAUGAAGAGAUGCAUGGAGCCUAUUUAAAUUUCAGUAUGACAAUUUGAAGUGGCCAUGGGCUACAUAAUAUCUCCCUGAAGAGUUGGCCAUUUUGUCCUGAUAAACUAAGGAUGGCCUCACUGACAUGUAAUAUAAUAACUGCUUUUCUGGGUUAGGUGUUAAUUAUAGUGUUUUUUUUUCUUGCUACUCUGAUACUUAUAAUUUUAUUUAGACAUACUGAUAUAAAGUAGGUGGUAUCAGUACAGAGUACAAGGAGACUUGCUUUGUAACACAACUACCAGAAUGAGUGAUAAUUGCUCCAUUUUCUAGAAUUAAUUCUUUCACCUAGAAUACCACAAAUAUAUACUAUUGCUCUGCCAUUAAGAGUGUGAAGUAUUGGUGCCAUAAUUUCUGUACCUUGUAUUGUAAUUAAAAAUUUGUAUAUCA